UUGGGUUCCCUCUAACUUCCGACGAGUGGAGGUUGCCUCUGAUUCGUCCAUCUUUCCUGGAAGGUUCGACUGUCGUCACAUCUCGAGAGAAGAAUCUCCUUUCCUCAAGCUCCAAGUCGCCCGAACUGUGCUCGCCGCGUCUCCUGCGUACGCGUUACCUCUGACGGUAAACCUUUUCGUUGUUCUCGGAUGUCGUUACACACCGCGCAAAUGAACCCAAAAACGUUCAAGAGACUCUCGAAUGCAAAGAUGAGAGAUGAGAUGAAGAAGAUCGGUCUUGAUGAAACAGGACGGAAGGUCACAUUGGUCGAGCGUUAUGAAGCGUGGUGGAUCGCGACAUCUGAGGGCCAGGAAUCCGAGCUUGCACAAGAGCCUCGAACAGCUGGCUCAAGCAAGAAAUCCGACGACUCAGUCGGUGGCCGGGCCGGAAUUCUCUCAGUGCUCCUUUUCCCACACGCUACCAAGAUCUCCGCAGCCACGGCUUCCUGUCUCACGUUGCUGGAGUACGGGAAAAAAGGCGAAUUCAAACUGAAAGACACGACAGAGGAUCUCUCAAGUUUUCUCAUAGACGUCAAGAUAUUCGUUGAAAACUGGGUAGGCGCGCAGCGGGAGGUCACGCCUGCAACAAGCUCCAAUAUUGCAAGAAAUAUUUAUGAAUUGGAAGCUCAGCUGAGUAAACGUCUUUCAUUGUCGCCCGUCGACCCGGAUAUCGUCGGACUGUUAACGCGUUGGGGUCUUCGUGACGUUGAGCCUGCCAUAUCUCCUCCCAACUACGACGAAGUGUCCACAACGCAGAAACCUCGCGAACAGCUUACUGCAUUACGAAAAGAACUUCAUAUCGUGGAGAACGCCAUGAGAUUCAGACUCUCUAGGUGGCUGACAUCCUUCCCGGGCGAAAGCGUUGACCAGGUGUCCUGGCCCACAUCCUUCAGUAUCGAAGAGAAAAACGCAAUGAGGGAGUUCAUCAGGCGCCAGAUGAGUGUGGAGAUGUGGAUAGAAGAGAGAAGCAAUGAAGAUAUCGCCAUUGAUGUGACGGAAAUCCGAAAUUCCGAAGAAUUCGAGAAAUUCCCUGUCGUCAAGGGCAAGGCUGCAAGCAUCGUUACUCAAAUUCUCAAAGAACUCCGCAACACGAAGACUCGCAGUGAAUCCCGCAGUGAAAACCGCAGAGCCAGAAAGAGCGAUAGCAGUAUAACAAGUUCUACAAACAGUACGGUUUCAACCAAUCCUUCCUCCACAAUCUCUUCUGGUGCGUCCGAUUCGACUAAGCGGGCGCGAGAUGAGGACGACGAUGCGCUGGGCGAGGCCGCAGAUUCCAGAGCUCUUCAUGCGCAUUCUCGCAAGAGGGCGCAGAACUAGGAUUCAACAUGGAUGCGGAGUUUUUCUUUCUUAACCGCAUGAUCCCCUGUGGAAUCCGCGGGUCUUUAUGUCACGUUCUAAUCGAGCAGCGCAGAAGAUUCAAGUGUGCGGUCAUCUCUUUUCCACAACUUUGCAGUAUCGUAUGUGUAUCUCAGAGGAAAUUUCUCCAUAAUUCCAUACUUUUCAAUCUAUAUUCAUUUGCUUUCCUGGGAGUCCACUGCUUCAGGACGUGAGCCAUGCGCAGGCACGCACUUCCUGUGCACUCGU